AUGGGUGUAUACGAAGAGUCAAAAGAACGUUUGGUUGGUCUUCAGAAUAAAAUACAACGCGUGUAUGACGCCGGUGAAGCACUUACAAAAGACCAAUCGAAGACAGCGAGAUCAAAAUUCAAAAUAAUGUAUGCGUCGUUAGAAAGCAUAUCUAACGAUUUUGAAACGCAUCUUACAGUCGUUAUACGUCAGCAGUGUAAAGGCGGCGCAAGCGGACCAGAUGGAAUAGACACAGAAAAAGAACGUGCUGAAUUUGAAGAAAAAUAUAUUGGUUGUAAAAUCCUCGCAGAUGAGCAUUUACCAGAGUCAUUUGCCGAGGCUAGUUUGAACCAAACGUUUAUGGAGAAAAAAGUUCCUCAGAUCAAUAUUCCGGUAGAAAAAUUGCCAGUACCUCACUUCAAUGGCGACCAAAAAGAAUAUACGAGUUUCCGCAACCAGUUCGAUGUACUAGUACAUAAAAAUGAAGUUUUUAGACCGGUCAUUAAGUUUAGUUAUUUAAAGGCGUACUUAGAAGGUGAACCGUUAAAACUUAUAAACAAUCUAAUGCUCAGUGAUGAGAAUUACGAACUCGCAUUGAAUAUUUUAGACAAGCGGUACUCAAAUAGGCGCACAAUAGCACACGACCACUUCGACCAGCUUUGGACAGCUCAAAAGGCCAUGCUAGGUGACUCAAAAUCAAUACGACAAUUAUUGAACACCAUUACCGAAUCAGUCGGAGCAUUAAAAACCCAGAAGUAUGCUGUUGACCAAUGGGACCCAAUAUUAUUAUACUUAUUUCAAAAAAAAUUGGAUGCCCCACUAAGAGGUCAAUGGGAACUAUUAGUCGAUACCAACGACGAUCCAACCGUCGAGGAUUUCGUAACAUUUUUGACCAAGUUUUGUAAAGCGGCAGGUGCUGGCCAGUCCAGUGCAAGUGGACGUGAAAAAGCAUCAACUACAAAACCUGACAAAAUCACAACACUGCAUACUACACAAUCGAAGUUCAAAAAACCUAAACCCAUGCACGCUUAUGCAAAUGAACAAAAAAAAUCAUUCUCGUGUCAAGUGUGUAAGGCAACACCGGGACAUUUAUUUAUUUAUUGUCCGGACUUCAAACAAAAAACACCAGCCGAAAGACAUCAGUUGAUAAAGGAUCUCAAUCGAUGUUACUUGUGUUUCAGUGAACACAUGUCGGUGAACUGCAAGAGUACACGAGUGUGUGAGGUGUGUGGGGGACGCCAUCAUUCUUGGCUACAUUUGGACAACAAUGCAGUGGAGGACCAAUCAAAUACUUUAUUGUCCUCUGUAGGCAAUUUGCCGAUACGCUCACAAGUGCUCAUGUCUACCGUAGAAAUUCUCAUACAAGACGCCAAUGGGUGUUAUCAAAGAGCACGAGCAUUGUUAGAUUCUGCUAGUGAGAGUAGCUACAUGACCGAAAGUUGUCGACAUAGACUAGGUGUAUCGCGGCAGAAGUGUCAUUUAGCAGUUAGUGGCAUAUCUGGAGUGAAAGUACCCACGAUAAAAGCUCGAGCGCAAGUAGUUAUUCGCCCUGUACGACACCAUGAACAGCAAAUGACAAUCGAAGCGUAUGUAGUAACACAAAUUACCGGAUGUACGCCGUCCAAACAUAUACGAGAUGCAGAUUGGGUGCAUCUAAAAGAUCUUGAACUAGCCGAUCCAAAUUUCAACGAACCAUUACCCGUAGACGUACUGCUAGGCGCCGAAGUUUUCCCCUACAUCAUACGAAGUGGGCGACGGGAAAAUUUACUAAGUGAGCCAGUUGGUAUCGAAACAGUGUUCGGUUGGGCUCUAAUGGGAAACACAGGUAACACUAAUCCUAAGAGAAACACUACGUUAUUAACAUCUUUGGACAGUGUAGAUCUUGUGUUACGACGGUUCUGGGAAAUAGAGGAAGUACCAAAUGCGUCAAAGACGAGUCCGGCAGAAGAGGACUGUGAGCGUAUUUAUCGUUCUACGACUACACGAGAAUCAGACGGUCGAUAUGUUGUACAUUUACCAUUCAAUUGCAAACCGCCGCAGCUUGGACAGUCACGACAAAUGGCCCUCAACCGGCUUUAUCGUUUAGAAUCCCGAUUAGAUAAGUUGCCGCAGUUACGACAACAAUACAAUACUGCCAUGCAGGAUUAUCUCGAUAGCGGUCACAUGCAAAUAGUACCAGAAGCCACACCCGAACCGGAACAGGCUUAUUACACUCCACAUCAAGUAGUGAUUAAACCUGACAGUACUAUUACAAAAGUGAGAGUUGUGUACGAUGCGUCAGCUACUACUUCGAACGGGAAGUCGUUGAAUGACAACCUUUAUCCUGGUAAAAAAUUACAACAAGACUUGCCGGGUAUAAUCAUCAGGUUCCGGGUACAUGAAGUUGUGGUUACAGCUGACAUUAAGCAAAUGUUCAGACAAAUCAUCGUUACUCCCGCACAUAGACAAUAUCAGUGGCUCCUUUACCGAUUUCAAAGUUCAGAACCUAUUCGAACUUUUGAAAUGACCACUGUGACCUUCAGCCAACGAUCUUCACCAUUCUUAGCAAUAAGAACGCUACUUCAAUUGGCCAGCGACGAAGCAGUUCUAAAGAAUGGGCAGUUUGAACUUCGUAAAUGGUCCAGUAACUCGGCUAAGGUAUUAGACGCCUUACCCAAAGAACAUCGACAAAACCAAGACGUUGCGUUUAACGGAGGUGAAAUUGAGUUUACCAAAGUACUUGGUUUAAAAUGGGAGCCAAUUAGUGACGUAUUAACCUAUCAAUACCAAACUAAUCCUAUACAGUUUAGCAAACGUCAUAUUUUAUCGGAAAUCGCGCGUAUUUACGACCCUAUUGGGCUGUUAGCGCCCAUAACCACUCAUCUCAAGAAGCUUAUGAAAUAUUUAUGGUCACUGGGAGUUGGAUGGGAUGACCCAUUGCCCCAAGACGCGAUGGAUGCUUGGAAGUGUUAUCACAAUGAAUUACCACUAAUAGGACAAGUACUAGUGCGACGACAAGUUACUUGCACCGGAUCGACCUACGAACUACAUGGAUUUUGUGACAGCUCGGAGAUUGCCUACGCCGCUGCUGUGUACAUCUUAGCUCGAAGACCAGACGGGACCAUGCAUUGUCAGCUUCUAAUGGGCAAAUCAAAAGUAGCACCCGAAAAAAAGUUGUCCAUUCCCAGAUUGGAAUUAUGCGGAGCACUACUCCUCGCUCGAGUUAUCACUUAUGUACGUACCAACCUAACUACAUUACAAAUAAGCCGCACCACUGCCUGGUUGGACUCAACAGUAGCUCUAGCAUGGAUAAAAACACCAACUUCGAAACUAAAAACAUUUGUAGCAAACCGUGUUGCCCAGAUACAGCAUAUGACGUCGCCAGAUACAUGGAGACACGUGCCGACUGCACAUAAUCCGGCAGACUGUGCAUCGCGCGGUUUGACCCCAGGAGAAUUAGUCAACCAUACAAUGUGGUGGACGGGGCCAGACUAUCUGAAGAAACCAGAGGAGUUAUGGCCUAAAAUCGACAUAAUCACAUCAGAUGAGAACGAAAAAAAUGAACACGUUGAGACCAAAAUAGUUACACUGAUGACUACUGAAACCAUGACCGAAUGCCCACUCCUAUAUCAAUCGGACAAUUGGCCUAAAAUUCUGCGUUUAACCUCUUACUGGCUUCGAGUGCGCGAUUGUUUACGGAAGAAGGUCGUGCCAGAUAAAGCUGUUACACCCACCACAGUGGAGACAACCAAUGCGAUGUGGGCCCUGGUUCACUGGACGCAAAGAGUUUUCUUCGCAGAAGAGAUAGAAAACCUGCGGAACCACCUUAAGUGUUCCAUAAAGUUACGGAAAUUGGCCCCUUUUUUGGACAAACAGAAUCUACUUCGAGUGGGAGGACGCCUGCGACAUUCAGAUUUGCCCUACAAUGAAAAAUACCCAGUGCUUUUGCCUAAAGAAGCUCGCUUGACGGCAGUUCUGAUUGACCACGUGCACCGUAGUAAUUGCCAUCCAGGUCCCAACGCAGUACAAAACAUUCUGCAACAGUCCUUUUGGAUAAUAUCGGUGCGAGGUGUUAUCCGAAAGAGAAUACAUCGUUGCAUACCUUGCUUCCGAGCUAGUCCUCGGUCACCACAGCCAUUUAUGGGGAACCUUCCACGUGCGCAUUUGGACCACGUAAAGGCCUUUAAUAAAACCGGCGUAGACUUUGCAGGUCCUUUUAAUGUAAAGGCCGCACUGUUACGAAAACUUCGCAUAACAAAAGCAUAUUUGUGCGUCUUUGUGUGCAUGUCAACCACCGCAGUGCAUUUGGAACUCGCAUCGGACCUUUCUACACCGACGUUCAUGGCAGCUCUAGAUCGGUUUCUUGCACGUCGAGGGCAAUGCUCGGAUAUGCAUAGUGACUGUGGCACGAACUUUACUGGUACUCAAUGGUAUCUGAGUGAAGUUCAUGACAUCAUCAGUUCGCAGUCCUACACGCGUCAUGUAACUGAGAAGCAGAUAACAUGGCAUUUUAAUCCACCAUCAGCCCCUCACAUGGGUGGAAUGUGGGAAGCAGCUGUUAAGUCGGCGAAAACAUUGUUGAGAAGAGUCAUACAAGAUCAAAUACUGACAUACGAAGAGCUGAACACCAUUUUGCAUCGAGUAGAAGCGUCUCUAAACUCACGACCCCUCGGUGCAUUAUCGUCAGACCCCAAUGAUUACACGCCGUUAACCGCUGGCCAUUUUAUAUCGAUGGGACCGCCGGCUAAGAUACCAGUACCAGACAACGAUGAUCGUCCGGUCUCCGUCAGUUUGCGACAACGAUGGACACUGGUUAAACAAAUCCAACAACACUUCUGGCAAAGAUGGCAGCGGGAGUAUUUAACAACGUUGCAACCACGCAAAAAAUGGCUGAAAAUAGCCAUAGACCUCAAGGUGGGUCAGCUUGUUCUAAUCAAAGAACCAUCACCAGCCCUCACGUGGAAAACCGCUCGUAUCGUGGAAGUUUACCCAGGAACGGAUGCCAUAACCCGGGUCGCUGAUGUCAAGUUGGCCAACGGCACCGUUCUACGUCGUCCCGUGGUCAAGCUGUGCCCUUUGCCACUAUCCAAUUGA